AUGGGGCUACGGCUUGGGGAAAAUCCGAAGGAGAAGCCGGUUUUGGCAGAGGAACCUCGGAUGCUGGAGCCAGGGGAACUAGAGGCGGUUGUGGAGCUGCAACAGAGUCCAGUAAGCCUGUGCUCGCUCUGUCCCAAUGCUUUCCUGUGCCGUGUUAUGAGAUCCCUCAGGGAUUGGACUUCUGAGAUAGAGGCAGGCAAGGGUCAGAUCUGUGAAACCAGUCAGAGUUUGGGGCAAUCCUUGAAUCAGUGGUCGGGCAGGCAGGAGGUUGUCACCAGGGAGUCCAAGACAACAGACGAGGAAGUCUUUAGAAGCCGGCGAGCCGUGGCUGGUCCUGCCUGCGAGGAGCCGCAGAAGAGCUGCAGCGACUACCGGCUAAACACUGUGGCUAAAGGGAGACACAGGCUACCUCCUCAGAGCAGCAUUGUGAUGGAGAAGAUCAUGUUGGGACUCUUGUUUCUUCUAGACUGGUUGGUCCUCUCCACCUGCAUCCUUCCUCAGUACCAUUUUGUUAAUAAAUUAUUCACUUGGACAGAAGCUCAGACUUACUGCAGGCAGAAGCACACAGACCUGGCCUCCAUCCUAAACUCUGAGCAACAGAACCAACUUAUUGACAAUCUUACAUCUGCUGGACACAGCUCUGACGUCUGGAUUGGUCUGUUCAAUGAAAUCGACUGGAGAUGGUCUGAUGGCUUCUCAGGAAGCGGCGCAGAUUACAGGAGCUGGAAACUAUCCAAUGAUGAGCCUAACUUUUCUUCAGGCGGUCAGUUUUGUGUUAAUGCUGACAGGACUGAAAUAUGGUGGGAUGAUUUCUGUUACAUCAAGUACCCGUUUCUCUGUUACAAUGGCACACAGCUAGAGCCUGAAUAUGUUUACGUGGCAGAAGGAAGAAAUUGGACAGAUGCCCAGAAAUACUGCAGGGAGUUCUUCAUUGAUCUGGCCACAGUGAGGAAUAAUACGGAAAACCAGAUGGCCCUGACCUUGAUACCAUCUGGUGAAUACUCGUGGAUUGGACUGUCUAGAACCUCAAACAGUUUUCAGUGGUCUGAUGGAAGCCCUUUCCUCUUCUUCAACCCUGACGGCAUCUAUAAUCCACUCGGCUCAAUGAAGGUCAUAUGUGGUGCAACAUCUACUAUGCGCUCAGGAAAAUAUAAGUUUUUGUCUUGUGAAACCAAACUACCAUUUGUCUGCUACGGUGUUCAACACGAAAUCAAAAAAACUGUUUUGAAGCUAAGACUGAAGACAGAAGACUUGGUGGAUCUGAAUGAGGAUUCUCUGAAAACAAACAUCCUAAAAAAGGGAUCCUUCAUCCUGGAUCCCUCCCUGAUGGACGACUGCCAUGAGUCUCUGCCUUCUACAUCCUCUGGACCGCCAGGAGGCGGUCGUUGA